AUGGCUCAAUUACUCCGUGGUUGGUCGAGCAUUGAUCCCCGUUUUAAGCACAUCCGCCCGGCUGUGUACACUGUCAGCAGGGUUAACUUUUCCAGUUUCACGACCGGUAGUACCAACAGUAACACCAACGGAGGCAAUGGAGCUGGAAACGGUGGUAGCAGUCAUUCCACCGCCUGGUCGCGGUACAACUACUACCGGCAGCAAGAAUUCCUCCGACCACCGAACAACAGCGGAUGGCAAUAUUGGCAUCAGCACCGUAACUACGGUAUGCUGAUUGGUCGCGUUUUAAGAGGCGUUUUGAAACUGCGCUACCUAGUUUUGGGAGGUGCCAUCGGUGGCGGUGUCACACUAAACAAACGAUACGAAGAGUGGAAAGAUGGGCUGCCGGAUAUGAAAUGGCUCGAAGAAGUUCUGCCGGACAACGAAAAGUGGGCAGGCUUCACCAAAAAUCUCCUAGCCGUCAAAGAUGCCGUGAAAGACUCAAUUGAAAUAGAUCCCCGGUUAAGGCAACUCAGCGAACAUAAGCUAAACGAAUGGCGUCAGUGGUUCGAUCAACGGUUAGAUAACGCUAUCGAAGCUGCAGAAACGCAACAAAACCCUCAGAUUGAAAGUUCUUUCCAGAAUUUGUCAGAGUUUAUUUCUGAUCUAUAUGGAGCUACCAAAGAAGAACUACGAGCAAAAAAUACGGUGAAUGCCAAAGGACUCGGUGCCGAUGAAAGCCGUAAGCGCGUGGACACACUACAGUCCCAGGUCGACACGCUGCAGACCGAAAUUAUGAAUGUACAGUUGAAAUACCAACGUGAGGUGGAGAAACUGGAAAAGGAGAACCGUGAUUUGAGGCAGCAGUAUCUGAUCCUGAAAACGAACCGCAAACAGCCGACUAAGAAACGGAUCAAAAAAUCGCUGAUUGAUAUGUACUCCGAAGUGCUGGACGAGUUGUCAGGAUACGACACCAGCUACACGACAGCCGAUCAUCUGCCGCGUGUGGUCGUGGUCGGAGAUCAGAGCAGUGGGAAAACGUCGGUUUUGGAAUCGAUCGCACAGGCACGGAUCUUUCCGCGUGGCAGUGGUGAAAUGAUGACUCGAGCACCGGUUAAGGUGACCCUAUCGGAGGGACCAUACCACGUGGCACAGUUCCGCGAUUCGGACCGUGAAUACGAUCUCACGAAGGAAAGCGAUCUGGCCGAGCUUCGGCGAGAUGUUGAGAUUCGAAUGCGCAACUCUGUGCGCGGUGGCAAAACGGUCAGCAUGGACGUAAUCUCAAUGACGGUGAAAGGGCCCGGGCUGCAACGAAUGGUUCUUGUCGAUUUGCCCGGCAUCAUUUCCACACAAACCGUCGACAUGGCACCGGACACACGUGAUCAAAUUAAGCACAUGACGGAACACUACAUGAGCAAUCCGAAUGCGAUCAUUCUUUGCAUUCAAGAUGGUUCGGUGGAUGCAGAGCGCAGCAAUGUAACGGAUCUUGUCUCACAAUGCGAUCCACUCGGCAAACGGACAAUUUUUGUACUCACCAAAGUGGAUCUAGCUGAGGAUCUUGCCGAUCCGAAUCGUAUCCGAAAAAUACUCUCCGGCAAAUUGUUUCCGAUGAAGGCACUCGGAUACUUUGCUGUGGUGACAGGACGUGGUCGCAAGGACGAUAGUAUUGAAACUAUUCGCGAAUACGAAGAAAAAUUCUUCAAGAACUCUAAGCUAUUCCAAAGCGGCGUUACUAUGUCCCAUCAGGUGACAACCAGGAACCUCAGCCUAGCAGUGGCCGAUCGUUUUUGGAAGAUGGUACGCGAAACCAUCGAACAACAGGCUGAUGCAUUCAAAGCGACACGCUUCAACUUGGAGACGGAAUGGAAAAAUAAUUUCCCCCGCCUGCGCGAGUCCGGUCGGGAUGAACUAUUCGAAAAAGCCAAAGGGGAAGUGCUGGACGAGGUCGUGAAUCUUUCCCAAGUAUCCGCCAAAAAAUGGGAAGAACUCAUGAAUACCAAACUGUGGGAAAAGCUGUCUAGUUACGUGUUUGAAAACGUCUAUCUACCAGCGGCACAAUCUGGAUCGCAAAAUUCGUUCAAUACGAUGGUGGACAUUAAGUUGCGCCAAUGGGCCGAGCAGGCACUACCGGCAAAGUCUGUCGAAGCCGGCUGGGAAGGGUUGCAGAAGGAAUUCCAGCACCUUAUGGAAGUCGCACGCCGUACACCGGAUCACGACGAUCUGUACGAUAAUCUGAAAAGUGCCGUCAUCGACGAAGCGAUCCGGAGGCACUCGUGGGAAGACAAAGCGAUCGAUAUGCUGCGCGUUAUUCAACUCAACACGUUGGAGGAUCGCAGCGUACAUGACAAGCAGGAGUGGGAUCAAGCGGUGCGCUUUUUCGAAACUUCAGUCAAGGAAAAGCUGCAAGCGACCGAGACGACCAUCGGGGAAAUGUUUGGCCCGUCAACGAGCCAAAAAUGGCUCCACUGGCGUUCGUCAACUGAGGAACAAACGAAGCGUCGGCACGUGAAGUCGGAGUUGGACAAAAUUCUCGACAGCGACUCGAAACACUCACCAACGCUAAGCUACGAUGAGCUGACGACGGUGAGGAAAAACCUGCAGCGGUCUAAUGUGGAGGUGGAAACUGAUUACAUCCGGGAGACGUGGUAUCCCAUCUACAGGCGGCAUUUCCUUAAACUGGCGCUGAACCGUGCGUACGACUGCCGGAAGGCGUACUACCUGUACUCGCAGCAGGGCAACGAUUGUGAAAUUAACUGCAGCGACGUGGUGCUAUUCUGGCGCAUCCAGCAGGUCAUCAAAGUGACGGCAAACGCGCUGCGACAGCAGGUAAUCAACCGAGAGGCACGCCGAUUAGACAAGGAAAUCAAGGAAGUACUGGACGAAUACGGCGAGGAUGAUGAGAAAAAGCAACAGCUGCUUACGGGCAAACGUGUGCAGCUAGCAGAAGAACUGAUUCGAGUACGGCAAAUUCAGGAAAAGUUGGAGGAAUUUAUAAAUGCACUUAAUCUGGAAAAGUAAAUCCCCCUAGCUAACUGAAGAGUUGUGACGAAUGCUAUCGUAGGUCGAGAUAUCGUAGGUCGAUACUUCGUACCGUGAUCUAUUUAUUCGCAGUUACUCGUGAAACCUGCGCGUCACCGGUGCUCGAUACCGGUUCCCCAGCGAACGCCCCGAUCGUAGUUUAAUCAACUGCAUACUAUGCAAACAAACGUACUAACGAAAGCUCCUUGGAAGCAAUUUAUUUCCUACUACUUUCGCCUUCCGCUACUGGUCACGAACCGUAUGGUGGUUCCCAAUACAGUGUUCAAAACGAAAUGCAAGCUAUAUACACCGCAUUUUCUCAUGUCGCUUGUCGCGAAUCGGAAACCAUUGUGUGUCGUGGAAUACAUUGUCAUACUAUCAAACCGUGUUUAAAAUGAUUGCACAAAACGGACGAACGUUAAGCCAACACGCUUUGUGAUGAAAUGGAACGUGGAAUGCAAAUCAUAAGAUAUUGGAGUACUUGAAAUAAAU